AUGGGUCUCAUCCGAAGAAAGGUGAAAAAGCCGAGACUGGAACUGAAAGUUCAUGUCGUUCAGGCCCGGAAUGUCACUAUUGAGAAGUCAGGCUGCAAUCCGAUAUGUUUGGUGGCGAGUAACGGGGUGUUCAGCAAGACCAGUAAAGCCAAGGACACAGCUUCGCCCGUUUGGCACCAAGAAUUGAAGUUGAAACUGCCCAGCCGGGCCAAUUCCGGGAAUGUGCGAAUUGUGAUCUACGACGUUUUAGCGUCGCCCGCUGCGGGUCCUGGAGCCUCCAGCGACGGCGAUUUCGAGUCCCGUAAGUAUCUGUACCUCGGAGAAGUGCAGCUUCCGCUUGUUGAGCUGUUCCGCAAAAAGGACGCCCCGACAAGCUAUCGCUUCACAAAAGAGGCCGCGUGGUACCGACUGUACAACAAAAACGCACUGCAGUUUGCGCAUGUGGAUCUGGCCAAGGCCCCUCUGGCGUAUUCCGUCGGAGAAAUCCAGGUCGGAUUCUCGAUGGUGUGUUCCAAGGGUUUUUCCGUGUUCAAGGUCUUCAACGAGUGGCAAACGUCAACUCUCGAGGCAAGCCACCAUGCGCGCCUGCUACGUAAUCCUGGCGACGCCAGUAUGGCUGCCGCUGGGUACCUGAACUCGCCCGCGUCGCUUGCAAAUUCUGGCGACAAAAGUGACUCCUCCGACGAGUUUCCCGAGGGCGUCGAUCUCGAGGACCUCAUCGAGAACGCAGGCGUCAAUGCGGAUGCAGACCUGGAUGGGGACGCGAACGAGGCCGCCGAUGAAUUCGCCGACACCCGCAGCAACUUCAAUCUGAGCUCUACCGACUCGGAGCUCGAGGAUCUUUCCGAUAUUGAGCUUACAAAAAUGGCCACUGCCCUCGACGAAUACGAAAUUGUUGGCACUUCGUCUAGCUCGGGCUUUUUUGCGGGAAGUUUAGAUGGCUCGUCGCCUACAGCCGACUCCGAAUCUUCCUCUGCUGAGGACGAGGUACACAGUGACGGGUUAGAAAGCGACUACCGGCAGAUGGUGAGUCAGAAAAAGCGAAGAGUCCGCCCUUCUAGACGCCGAGCCCACAAGCGGUCCGAUUUUGAGCUUUCAAAGAGGGGCCAUGCCAUGGGGGUUGUGUUUGUUGAUAUAAAUCAGAUCACUAGUCUUCCGCGGCUCAAAAACCGAUUUUCCAAACAAUAUUGCAUGGAUCCCUUCGUCAUCAUUAGUUUUGGCCGAAGGGUUUUUAAAACCUCAUGGCGGAAAAACACGCUAAGCCCAAGGUAUGACGAACGUCUCGCCUUUGAAGUCUUCCCGCAUGAGAUCAAUUUUAGAUUUAAUUUUAAAGUUGUUGAUCGAGACUCCUUCUCAUACCAUGAUGAUGUUGCAGACGGUUCGUUAACGUGGUCUCAGUUGGAACAGGCGCUUGGUAUGGACGGUCUGGACGGCGGUUCUGAUUGGUCGUCUGUUGACAUUCCUCUCACUCUUGAAGAUAACUCGCUGUCGGUCGAACAUACACCGGUAUUGCAUACGACUUUCAAGUUCAUUUCUUAUAAAACAUUGAAAAAACAGUUUUGGCAGAAGGCCCUUAACCAUAUUACGCCUCGCGAUUCCUUUGAUUUCACUGAACUGUGUAUUCUCAUGGAAAGAUUGGGUACUUUCUCGGGUGGAGAGAUUGCAGAUAUUUUCUAUCAUUUUGGAAGGUCGCCAUGGGCUCAUGAAGUUGUCAGCAGGGAUGAGCUGGUAGAAUAUCUACAAGUUAGCAAAAAAUUUGGAGAUUUCCGAAAAGUAAGCAGGUGUCCCCUCUGCUUUCACAGAUACAAGAAGUCUCGAAAUGCAGUAAACUCGAAACUUGCCCUCGAAAAUGAUCUCAUUACACACUUUGCCAUUUGCUCAUCUAAGGAUAAAAACAAAAAACUUAUCAAGCCAGCUUUUGUCUCUUCGGACUUCGCGUCCAAGCGGUGGUUUUCACGGGUUCUCAUCAAGCUGACGUUGGGGAAGUAUGCAUUGGGCUCUAACAACGCCAAUAUUCUCGUGCAAGAUCGUGAUACUGGCAUCGUCCUGGAAGAAAAGAUCAGCGCACAUGUCAAGUUUGGCAUGAGAAUCAUUUACAAUAGCAAGGGGACGGAGUCUAAAAAAUUUAAGACUUUGCUUCGAAACCUUUCUAUCAAGCAAGGUAGAAAAUUCGACAGCCCAGCGUCUGUGAAGCAAAUCGAAUCCUUCAUAAAAUUCCAUUCUCUGGAUAUGUCUGAGUGCGAGGAAACAGAAUAUGGAACUUUUAACGAAUUCUUUUACCGGAAGUUGAAGCCUGGAAGCAGAAACCCAGAAGCAGACGGCGAUCACUAUCUGCUGUCACCUGCAGAUAGCAGAUGUGCAGUAUUUGCUAGUAUAGCUUCUUCUAGAGAAAUUUGGAUCAAGGGCCGCAGUUUCACAGUCACAAAGCUCACCGGCGGACUGCAUCCGGAGAUGUUCAACGAUCGAUCGUGUAUCUUAGGGGUUUUCCGGUUGGCUCCACAGGACUAUCACAGAUUUCAUUGCCCUUGUGAUGCCGUCGUUGGAGAGCCGCUUUAUAUCGAUGGCGAAUACUACACCGUAAAUCCCAUGGCUGUACGGUCGGAACUUGACGUUUUUGGCGAAAAUGUCCGAAUGGUCAUUCCUUUGCACACCAAAAAUCUCGGCACCAUAUUGUUCAUUCCAAUCGGAGCGAUGAUGGUCGGUUCCAUUGUCCUCACGGUCAAAGCUGGCCAAAAAGUUUCAGCCGGUGACGAACUAGGCUAUUUUAAGUUCGGAGGCUCUACAAUUGUGCUUGUCGCAUCCAGCCAGCAGGUCGUUUUCGACACAGAUCUUUUGAAUAAUUCCAAAGAACGAAUUGAAACUUUGGUCAAAGUCGGAAUGAGUGUUGGUCAUUCACCCAUUGUCCGCGAGCACAAGCGAAAACACGUUGAAGUACGCGACAAAGCACAGCUUGAUCGUAUCAAGAGAACAAUCAGCAUUUCCGAAGAUGUUGCCGAAAGUAUGGGCAACGUCACCUGGGAAUACCAAGAACUACAGAGAUUCGCUAAUUUCGAAAACACACCCCAGCCAUCUCCUCCUUUAACUUCAACGGCAUUGCAGGAUCAAAUGGACUCAUUAAGUAUUUAA